CGUCGGAGGUCCGCAACACCUACUGCGCCAAGUCCAAACAAACAGGACUGUGAUUGCACCAGCACGGACUCUGAAAAAGAUGUUCUCCCCGAAAGCCAAAAGAACUCUAAAAGGAGUAAAAUAUCAACUGUUUGGAAGUAUUUUAAGAGGUCCGACGACAAAAAACUUGCCAAAUGCCUUGACUGUGGCAAGGAAUAUAAAACAAGCGGCAAUACAUCAAACUUGCGCGACCAUAUAAAAAGGUUUCAUCCCAGCUUGGAACUGGCUUCCUUGUUCAAAAGAGCUGUCCUGUACGAGUCGAAUUCUAAGCGAAAGACCGACAUCGACAAUGCAUUGACAGAAAUGGUCGCUAAAGAUGUACAGCCAUACAACAUUGUGGAAAACGAAGGUUUUAUCAAAUACAGUCAGGUAUUGGAUCCUCGUUAUAAAUUGCCAAGCAAGACAUACUUGCGUGAUGUGCUUAUGUCCAAUCUGUACAAGGAAACCUCUGCCAAAUUGUCAUUGAUAUUUCAAGAAGUGACGGAUGUAUCAAUAACUUGUGAUUUGUGGACAUCGAGUGCCAAUGACAGUUUUUUGACGGUGACGAGUCAUUUUGUUCAUAACUAUGAACUAAAAACAGCAUCCUUGGCUACAAAAAAACUGUUAAAUGUAACAAAUCACUGUUCGCAAAACAUUGCAGAUACUUUGCGAAAUAUUCUAAUUGAUUGGAACAUUUUUAAUAAGACCGUGUGCAUUGUAACUGAUAAUGCCAGCUCCAUGCUUAAAGCAUGUGCAAUAUUGCAAAUUCAAAAUCUGCCAUGCUUUGCGCACACAAUCAACUUAGUUGUGCAAGAUGCAUUAAGAGUUGAUGACGCAGUCAUAAAAAAUUUAUUUACCAAGUGCAAAUCAAUAGUUAGAUUUUUCAAACAAAGCCCGAUUGCUAAUGAAAAAUUUAAAUUAGCACAAGAAGGUACGAUUUAUACUUUGCUGCAAGAAGUACCAACAAGAUGGAACAGUUUCUUUUUCAUGAUUGAGAGAAUUUUAAAAACAAAUGAUGCCAUUGCCAAAGUCCUAUUAGGAACCACAAAUGCACCUCAGCCAUUUACGGCUGACGAAAUACUUGUGUUAAAAGAUAUGGAAAAAAUAUUGUCUUUCUUCCAGCAAGCAAGUGAAAAAGUUUCUGGUGGAAAAUAUGUAACCAUAUCUCUGAUUAUACCCAUGGCAUAUGGGCUUCUGCGGAAAAUCGAAAAAUUCUUGCCAGAAACUAUGCAAGGAAAAACAAUCCAAAAUAUAUUAAUGGAAUCAAUAAAGAAACGACUCUCAAUUUAUGAACAAAGAAAUGUAUGUAUGAUGGCAACAUUAUUGGACCCACGUUUUAAAAAAAAUGGUUUUCAAGACGCUUCAAACGCUGAACAAGCAUCAACCUUUUUUGAAAACGAACUGGCCCAUUCGUCAAUCGAAGAGUCCAGAAAGGAUCUGACCAUCGCAGCGGACACAAGUACCCAGGACACAUUUUUUGAUUUUUUGGGUGAACGAUCAGAUAGCAAAAUCGGAAACGCACGAGUGGAUGCUAUACUUAUUAAAAGGCAAUAUCUGGAGAGGGCAAUUGUCAGUCACGAUGUGGACCCACUGUUAUGGAUUAAGGUUAAUCAAACUGAUCUUCCCUGCAUAAAGGGCCUCUUUUGCAAAUACCUUUGCAUUCCCGCAACAUCCGUAGAAUCGGAAAGAGCUUUUAGCAAGGCAGGGCAAAUUGUUUCCGAGAGACGCACCCGGCUCAAAGAGAAAAACAUUAACAUCCUGUUAUUUUUGAAUCAAAACUUUUGGUUAAAAUAAACCAUUUUUCUUAAAAACUUAAAAAAAAAA